AUGGAAGCUAAUUUUGUUUCCUCAGCAUUAGCAGGAGUACAAAAUAAUAGAUCUGUCAAAAGAAGUUUAGACAGAUUAAAAUCACUCUUUUCUUCAGGUCAACAUCAAUUAAAUGGAUCACUUGGUAAGAAAGUUUUUAUCUUAUUAGCAUUGGGUGGCGGUGCUUUCUCAUUAGUUAAGUUUUAUAAAGCUAAAAAUGAAGGAUCAUCAAAACAAAGUGGAUUAAUUAUUGAUUUAAAAGAUAAGAAUUCUAAAAAAGAUAAAAAGAGAAAUGUUACAAGAGUUGAUGCAGUAUUUUUUAGAAGAUUAGCAAAGAUCAUUAGAAUUGUUAUUCCAUCAUUAAAGAGUAAAGAAUUCUUAAGUUUAUUAUAUUUGACAGCAUUAUUAUUUGCACGUACAAUGUUAUCAGUAUCAAUUGCAGAGAUUGCUGGUAAAAAUGCUCAAAAUCUCGUCGCUAGAAAAUGGAAAGAGAUGAGAAAUGGUGUAUUGAAGUUUGCAUUGGUUUCAAUUCCAGCUUCAUUCGUUAAUGCCUCUUUGAAAUAUGAAACUGAUAUGUUGGCAUUACGUUUCAGAAAGAGAUUAUCAGAAUAUGUUCAUAAAGAAUAUUUAGAAGGUGUAAACUUUUAUAAAGCUUCUCAUUUAGGUGGUGCUGAUAGAAUUGAUAAUGCUGAUCAAAGAGUAACAUCCGAUAUUGAACAAUUUUGUAAUUCUAUGAGUAGUUUAUAUACAACAUUAUUUAAACCAUUCUUGGAUUUAGUUUUAUUCACAAGAAAAUUAGUUGUUGUCAUGGGUUGGGGUUCACCAUUAUUAAUGUUCAGUUACUUUAUUGUUUCUGGAUUUUUGAAGAAAUUAAUUAUGCCACCAUUUGGAAGAUUAACAGCUAAACAAUCAGAAUUAGAAGGUAAUUACCGUACAGUUCAUCAAAGAUUAAUUACAAAUGCCGAAGAAAUUGCUUUCUAUGAUGGUAGUCGUAAAGAAAGACAAAUUAUUAAUCUUUCAUUUGGUGAUAUCUAUAACCAUACUGGUUAUGUUAGUUAUCUCAAAUGUUUAGUUGGUAUUUUUGAUGGAUUUUUAGUAAAAUAUUGUGCAUCAAUUGUAGGUUAUGGUUGUAUGGUAUUACCAAUUUAUACUGGUAUUAGAGGUAGUUCAGGUAAAGAUUCAACAGAGUUAACAAAGGAUUACAUUAGAAAUACACAAUUGAUGGUAGCAUUAUCACAAGCAAUUGGUCAAUUAGUAUUAUUGGGUAAUAAGGUUACAUUGAUGGCAGGUUAUACAUCACGUGUUUCAGAGUUAUUAGAGAUGAUUAAAUCAAUUAAGGAACGUGGUACAUCACAAUUUACCAUUGUCCACGAGGAUGAUGUACCAAAUCCAUUAACAAACUCACCAGUGAAUGAUAAGUAUGAUACAAGUGUUGAUAUGUCAAGUUGGUUAGAGGAUUGGAGAAAGAGAUCAGAUCAAACUCGUAUUGUUAAACGUCAACAAUCCAACAGAUCAUCAGCAAGUGGUGCAACCACUGUCUAUGGUGGUGGUACAUUUGUUGAGGGUGAUUUCAUCAAAUUCGAGAAUGUUUCAAUCGUAUCACCAGAGGGUAAACUUUUGGUAGAGAAUUUAGAUUUCCAAGUUAUGCCAAAUCAAAAUGUAAUGAUCACUGGUCCAAAUGGUUCAGGUAAGAGUUCACUCUUUAGAAUCCUCGGUGAAUUAUGGCCACUUCAUUGUGGUACUGUAAUUAAACCAAGAAAGGAAGAUAUCUUAUUCGUUCCACAAAAACCUUACUUGGUAUUGGGUACCCUCCGUGAUCAAAUCAUCUAUCCACAUAGUCAUGAUGAUAUGAAGAAAUUGGGUGUCACCGAUGAUGAUCUUCAACAUCUUUUAGCAACCGUAGAUCCAAAUCUUACUAUCAUUCGUCAAUGGAAUUGGGAUGAUACCAAAGAUUGGUUCACUGCCCUCUCUGGUGGUCAAAAACAAAGAAUUGCCAUGGCUCGUCUCUUUUAUCAUCGUCCACAAUACGCUAUUCUCGAUGAAUGUACAAGCGCCGUCUCUGAUGAAGUCGAAGGUAAAAUCUAUGAAACUUGUAAAAAACUUGGUAUCACUUUAUUCACCGUUUCUCAUCGUCCACAAUUAAGAGCUUACCACGAUUACGUUUUACUCUUUAAUGGUAGAGGUGGUUGGGAAUGGUCAAAAAUUGAUCAUGAUGAUGAUCAUUUAAAAAAACCAUUAUCACAUUAA